UGUUCCGUACAUCAAUAACCGCGGCAUCCAAAUACUUAAAAAUUAUUAUUCUUUAUUAAGUGUAUAUAACGCUAUCUCUCCAGAUCCAAUUUAAUAAAAAAUCGGUUGCCAAUAGUCUGAUUGUCGUGGCUUAUCUAUGUGUAUUUAACUUAUAGAUUUUAACAUUCCAAACGAGUUCUGUAGUUCUUUAUUAAUUAUAAAUAUUUUAAUUUGAAUUAUUAAACAAGUUGUUUUGUAGAUAAAAUUCCUAAACAAUAUUUUUGAUUAUAAUUAUUAGUAGUUAUAAUGAAUUUUGAAAAAACAACCAUGGAUUAUUUAUUUUGUGUUGAGAAACAAGCUGAAGAAAUACUUGUAGAUAAAAGUGAAAUUGUAGCAUUGGAUAAGAAGAGAAAUGAUAAUCGUAUGGCAAUUAGAGCAAUAAUAAAUAAUAAAAUGCCUCAAAAUAAAACAUGGAUAGCAGUUGGUCCCUUAUUAAUAAAAGUUACUGAAAAUAGAGCUAAGGAAAUGUUACAAGAAGGUAUCAAAGUAAUUCUUGUUGAAAAUAUAUUUAUAUCUUCUUUUAAACAGAAAAUAUUUUCAGAUCAAAUUCUGCUUGAUAGCCGCAUUAAUAAAAUACAUAGUGAUCUUAAAAUCAAGGUUAAUAAACUAAGAGAUAUGGAAUAUCAAGAACCAGUUAAAGGACUGUUUUUAAAUCCAUUAACAAAGAAAGAAAUGAAUGCAAUGAAUCAAUUACUUAGUGGACAUUCUUCAUAAAUUAGUUUUAAUAAAUAAAAUUUACAUUUUUAUUUUUUAUAUAUUAUUACAUUACAUAAAUUAAUAAUAAAAAAAAAAAGAUUAUUAAACAAC